AUGGAUCAAGUCAUAUCCACGAUGACAGCGAAUAUUUCUUCGUUUCUCCAAGCUCAUAAAACAAGCAUACUUGGCGCAGCUGCUAUCGGAAGUUUAGCACUCGGUUUAGGUGUAUACAAGCUCAGAGCGCGGACGGGUAAAGUUAAUCCACGCGUGCACGAUCCAGCUAUCAAAGAUGGCUACAUCCCACUAGCAGAUUAUCCUGAUAUGCGCCAGUAUAACAACCUGAUGGCAAAGCAUCUGACGCCAAGGCUGUACGCAAAACUUCGAAACAGGAAGACCGCCACUGGCUUUACUUUGGACAAGGCAAUUCAAACUGGAGUAGACAACCCUGGACAUCCUUUUAUACUAACAGUAGGCGCUGUAGCAGGAGAUGAGGAGUCUUACGAAACUCUUGCUGAACUUUUCGAUCCGAUUAUCGAGGAGCGCCAUAAUGGCUACAAGAAAACGGAUUUGCACAGAACAGAUCUAGACUCGUCCAAGAUUCGCGGAGGAAAGUUUGAUGGGAACUAUGUGUUGUCUUCUCGCGUGCGUACUGGAAGAUCGAUACGUAGAUUUAGUCUGCCUCCUCACUGCUCCCGCGCUGAAAGAAGAAAGGUUGAAAAAAUUGUUACCCGUGCAUUGGCGGGACUAACAGGUAUGAUGUUAAACCCGUUAAACCCAGGGAUGGGAGGAAUUUUAAAAUAAUGCCAUUAGUCUAUAACUAUAGUCUUUCAGAGAACAAUUAAUACAAGAAGCGUCCCGCAGGAGACCAAAGGUUGUCUGCCAUCUACCAGAAAGUCAUCAGAGAUUGAUUUAAAACAUCUCUUUAUCAUAUACGUUUUUGAAUAUACUCAAUAGACGCUUUCACUUUUUCUUAAUUUGAAUUUUAACAAGAAACAGUUAGCGAAAAAAUCCCGCCGACGUUGCUGGAAAGAGCAAGUUAAAAAUUGGUAAACUUGUUGAGAGUUAUUGGCGGUCAGAAACUAGCGAAAAUAGAAAAUCAAGCAUUCUGUGGCCCCGCAAAUUCGCGAAAUGUUAAAGACGUCUCUUGCAUAAUUAUGUUAGUACGAUAGGUAAUUUUAAUAGGGCAUUUGCAUUAGAACACGAUCAUGAACCAGUAAAAUUGUAUAGGACGACAACUGUACUAGAAAAAAAAAUAUUGUGAUAAUUUUUUUUUUACCUGGCAUGGUGACUUUUGCCCAAAUGGCAAUUUUUUAUCUUUUGCGCCUGAAAUUUUCCUCACUAAGUCGAGAAUUUCCAUUUUUUCUUUUAUUCCCUGUUUUUCUGUGUUUAGUUGGUCAAUUCGUAAAAAAGUUUUUUAACUCCCCUGAUCAGUCAAGUUUGCAGAUUCGUGGAUUUUCAUCGCGGUUUCGCGUUUUUCUGUGAUUUAUUUGCGGUCUUUAAUAGGCACCAAUUGUCCCCUCUUCCACGUACAGCCGAAAUUCCGCUGCAGGAGUGAUGCGGCCGUGCGCAUGCGCAAGGUACUGGCCUUACCGUGGAGUUUGGUAGUGUGCGCUUCCUUGCUAAAUAUUGGUUAAGAUAGGUAGUAAUAAUAAUCAUCUUUAUUGAGGAAACUUUUUCAUAAAAGAUAUGGUUUUCAAAAAGGACCUCAAAACUAGAUAUAUAUUAUAAAAACAAAAAAAGCUAUAAAAUUGCAAAGGGAUUAAAAAGAUACAAAAAAAUGCAUAGAAAAAUUAAAAAUAAGUAUAAGUAAAAAUUAAACGUAAGUAGCUACAUUAAAAACUUAAAAACAUUACGUUUAAAACUAUUUACAUUCCUUGAGUCUUUGAUCGUCUGACUGAGGAAGUUAAAAUCGGAAACGGCAUGAUAUUGUGUUCUUUGCUUCCCCCAAUUUCUUUUGACACGUGGUAAUCUAAAAUUGCCUUUGUUACGUGUAUUAUGCCUAUGAUGUACGUCUUGUCUAAUCAAGCCCAUAUAGUGAUUAAUUAGGCCAUUGAUGCAUUUGUAUACGUGUACACACCUUCUUUGAAAUCGCCUUUUCUCUAGAGGCAGCCACUUGAGAACGGCUAAUGCCUCAGUGGAGGAUGAGUACAAUGGUCUAUUUAAAAUAACUUUAGCGGCCUUAUUUUGCAAAACUUGCAAACUAGACAUAAGGGUAAUAUUAUGUUUAUCGCCCCAUACUAGAUCAGCAUAUUCAAAAAGGGGCAUAACAAGACUUUCAUAGAAAAGUAGACGCGCCCUGAAAGGCAAUAAAUGCUUUAUACGCUUGAGAAGCCCAAGCCUCUGACUGAUUUUCCCAGUUAGGUGAUCAAUAUGAUCAGUCCAUGUGAAAUCCGAAGAUAUAUGUAUACCGAGGUAUUUAAAGCUGCGAACAUUACUUAUACUAUGAUCUAAAAUUGAAACAGUCAAAUCUACUUUGCUUUCGCGUUUCCUAUUACUACCGAUAAGCAUGCAUUUAGUUUUCUCCAAAUUUAAAGUCAGUUUGUGAUCAUGAAGCCAUUUCGCCACACCCAGUAGAUCGUUAUUUAACUUAUCACUCAACUCCUUUGAGGAUGUACCAUAGCAAUAAAUUACAGUGUUGUCUGCAUAAAGUGACGCGUAGCAGGAGUUAAGCACAUUUGACAAGUUAUUUAUGUAAAUCACAAACAACAGAGGCCCUAGAAUGCUACCCUGUGGCACCCCAUGCGUGACUGAAAGUUCCUCAAAUAACUCAUUUCCACGUGAUGUGCGCUGUUGUCUACCAGUUAAGUAAGAACGGAACCAAUGAAGAGCUGUUUCAGAAAGGCCGAUCUCGGAUAGCUUGCAUAACAUUAUUUGAUGGUCUACCGUGUCAAAUGCCUUGGUUAGAUCGAUGAACACGGCCCCGCAAAGCUUUCCUUGUUCCACGUUUAAGAGCACUUCAUCAGCAAAUGAGGUCAAAGCUGUUGUAGUUGAGAAACCCUUCCGGAAACCAAACUGCUUGUUGGACAAUAAAUUAUUGGUAAUCAAGUACUGAUACAACUGCAAGUGUACCGCUCUCUCCAAAAUCUUGCUUAGUGUAGGGAGGAUUGAGAUGGGGCGGUAGUUGGAAACGUUGAAACAUAGGCGGUAGUUGGAAACGUUGAAACGUUGGUUUAAAUAAGUAAUACUAUGCAGUAACAAACUAUUUAAAUUUUUUGACAAAACGUUUAGGUGAUCUGUCGGGUCGAUACUAUCCACUCAGUGCAAUGACCGCAGAAGAACAACAGCAGUUGAUCGACGACCAUUUCCUGUUUGACAAACCAGUCUCCCCUCUUCUCACGUGCGCGGGCAUGGCACGUGACUGGCCUGACGCGCGCGGAAUCUGGCACAACAAUGACAAGAACUUCCUUGUUUGGAUAAACGAGGAGGAUCACACGCGCGUCAUCUCGAUGGAGAAAGGAGGAGACAUGCGCUCGGUGUUUGAUCGCUUUUGUCGUGGACUCAAUGAGGUUGAACGACUCAUCAAGCGCCAGGGGCAUGAGUUUAUGUGGAAUGAACAUUUGGGGUACAUUUUAACUUGCCCCUCUAACCUCGGAACAGGACUCCGGGCCGGAGUGCAUGUGAAACUACCACUUCUAUCGAAGGUAUUUACGAUAAUCAUCAACUUGCGUAUAUAAGUCAACUUUUUAACUGUGAAUACUGCAAUCUAACUAAGAACGAGAGAGAGAUCUAAGACUAGGUCGUCUUUAUUGACAGAUAAAGCGUACAAUGCUAUCUUGUACCCAGAUCUCAAACAUGAUUACUGGCCUGAUAUACCUGGGUGUUUACUCCAAUCGCUUCGCGCAACGGAUUAUGGAAACACCACCAUUCUAUUCUUGCUUCCGUUGGAUUGAAACAUACUGCUGUGCAAUGCCCUCAGCUCCUUGUCUAUGUUGACGACAUCUGAUCAUAGAAAGGACUACCUUUUCCUUUCCUCUUGAUAGCUACAGUUCCUUUCAUUACAUUUCUUCAUGAUCACGCAUGUACCAGAAACGUCAAAAAUAUUGAUCAGCUCUUGCAAGAAGUGUAAUCUCUCCUUUUUUUGUUCAGAAUCCACACUUUGAUGAGAUUCUCGAAAAGUUGCGACUACAGAAACGUGGGACAGGUUCGUUUUCUUAUUAUUGUAUCUGACUUAUUUGUUGCAAUCUCUAACGAAAAACGAGCAUGUAUACACAGUAAUUUUUAGGGAGUUAUUAUAACUCCAAAAAUGAAGUAAAAAUUUUAGGUACAUGAUAACCCCUUUUUGGGGGUUACUUUAACUCCUCAACUCCAAAUCUGGGUUUUUUUUUACUCCUGAAAAAGAGUUCUUUAAACUGCUUUUUGGAGUUAAAAUAACUGCGAAAAAAAUAACUCCACUGUAAGGGAGUUAAAUGAACCAUACUAGAGGAGUUACCAAAACUCCUUGAAAAUUACUGUGUAGUAUUAACAGGUUGAAAGGAUUUUCGCCUGUCGCGCCAACAAUAGUCAAUAAAAACAAAGGCUUUCUCCUCUUGAGACUAGCGUGCAGAACAGCAUGAGAACAGGCGUUAUUUAUUUAUUUAGCAUUUUUUUGCGUUCUUCAUGCUAGGGAGGGCAAGCGCAAGGUGGGCAUGUCUAGCAUUCUACUCCCACCUCGCCCUUGUAGUCGUUGUAAAAAUGCAGAAAAAAACCUAAGCCUGUUCUGAGGGCUUCUUGAAACAGAAAGUCUGAACUGUGUAAUCAGUAGUUAUUCCGUAACUAUAUCCAAAAACUCACGUACUAUCCCAAAAGAAAAAGGAUGAUCUUUGAUAUCGAAACUCCCCAACUUUCUCCAUCCAACCCUCCCAUGGAUGAGGUAAAGGUUGAACAAUGUUGCAAAAAUGAAAACAUUAUCGCCUGUUUCAGCAUCGCAUUCUUGUUCGCAUCUGAUCUAACAAAAGUACCUUUCUCACUUGAUAUGAAAUUCAGGUGGUGUUGACACUGCAGCCGAAGGAGGCGUUUUUGACAUUUCAAAUUUGGACAGACUUGGAUUCUCCGAAGUAGAGCUGGUCCAGAAAGUCAUCGACGGCGUCAAUCUUCUCAUCAUAAUGGAAAAGAGACUGGAAAACAACAGACCUAUGAACGAUCUCCUUCCUGGACAGACUAUUUCAUGACCAGACACGUACUGGAUAGUACAAAAGCGAUUAAACGGACAUGAAAAAGAAAGAAUAACAUUGCAGUUUUUCGUGGCAGUUUUUGCUGCUUUACGAGGGCAGAUAACUGUAUUUUAUUACUAUGUGAUGCCGACGUAACGUGUGUAGGUCACAAAUUC